AUGAAUACAAUGACUGAUCAUUUUUUUGAAGGAGCUGAAAAAUUAUUAGAAAUUUGGUUUACUACAAGUAAUAAUAAUGAUACACUAUCUAAUGAUUUACGUAGCAUACCACGGGAUCUUAUUGAAGAAGUAUUAAGUUUGGUUAAUUGUAAAGUUCUUAAAUAUGCACAAUCAUCUACAACAGAUACUUAUGUAUUAAGUGAAUCGAGCAUGUUUAUAUUUCAAACACAUUUUAUUUUAAAAACAUGUGGUGAAACAACAUUACUUCAUGCUGUUCAACCAAUGUUGGAACUAGCACGAGAUUAUUGUGGAUUCGAUAUAGUUGAUCAAGUCUUCUAUAGUCGUCGUAAAUUUCUUCGACCUGAAUUGCAAAAAGUACCACAUACAAGUUUCGAUCAUGAAAUUGUUUAUCUUGACUCAAUCUUCGAAGGAGGUUGCGCCUAUGUUCUUGGUCGUUCUAAUGUUGAUUGUUGGUAUUUGUAUACACUUGAUAAAACUCGUGUUAAUGCAAAAUCCGAUCAAACAUUAGAAGUCAUUAUGACUGAAUUAGAUCCAGAAAAGAUGAAAAUCUUCUAUCAAGAAUAUACAAAUUCAGCUACUGAAGCAACAAAAAAAGCCGGCAUUGAUAAAUUAUUUCCAAAUGCAAAAAUUUUUGAUUAUUUAUUUGAUCCUUGUGGUUAUUCAAUGAAUGGUUUAUUGUCUGAUGGUCAUUAUUUUACAAUUCAUAUAACACCAGAACCUAAUUUUUCAUAUGUUAGUUUUGAAACAAAUGUUUCAUACAAUCAAUAUCAAGAAAUAAUUCGUAAAAUUUUAAAAAUUUUUAAUCCAGGCAAAUUUACGACAACUAUUUUUGGUGGAACGGCAGCAACAAGUCUUGAUCUUCAACGUAAAUUAUUUUUAUAUCCUGAUUAUGAUCGUAUUGAUUAUCAAAUUGUUUUCUUGGUUGAUUAUGAUCUUUUUUAUAGCUAUUAUAAAAAACAUCCAAGCUGA